AUGCAGAUGGGGAUUGCAAAUAAACUCAAAGAGUCUAAGAAACUCAUAAGAGUUGCUUUCCACAUUCGCAACAACUGUAACUAAAAAAUGAAGACAGAGCCAUUGCUGGUGAGUUUUACUCAUCUCUCAUCCAAUUCAAAAUUUAAAUUUACUCGCAUUACAUUAGGUGAGAUCGUGAAUAAAUUUGUGAAUACCGUUGCCAGUCAGCUUUGCGAGGGCGACAACAACCUGUUUGCUGAAUAAUUUUUUUCAAAUAUAGUAGACAGCAGCAGUAGCAGCAGCGGCAGCCAGCAAAAUCACAUGCAGCUAUUAUAAUUUUGUUCUUAAUGUAUUACUUUAUAAGUGUAAAAGUAAACUGUGACAUCCAUAUCAACUUCUUCGUCAUGUUCCACUUCACACCAAAUCUGUUCUUGUUAUAAUUAUAAUAAAACCUGUAAAUCAACCUAUAACUACCCCAAUACAAAUAACAUUAUCAGUAAAUAAAAAUAAAUGUGUUAUUAUUGUGACCCCCUUACAACAUCUCCAAAUAAAAUUUCCUCCCAUGAAGAUGUCAUUAAUGAAAUUUAAAAGAGAAUUGUAAUAACUUCUAUGUCCUUUCCAAACAGUAAAACUGAAACAAAUAUAACUAUUAAACGCUCAAAUCUAAAUAACAUCAUUUAGUUGCAAGACAUGCAGCACGUCUACGUGCAUCUAAAGCCUUUGCCGUCAUGCUUCCGUUCGUUUGUAGCUGCGUUAGCUUCCUCUGUAGUUUAUUCUAGCAUACCUUCUGCUGCUUCCUCAUAGCAAUUUAACGAGCAGGAGCUUAAUUUCUUUGCUAUCGAUGAUAAUACUAUUGAUUAUGAUAUUGAUAAUAAUAACCAAUUUUAUGAGGCACUCCCUGUGCAAAAUCGCCUUUAUUGCUCUUAGCCUAUUCAAGAUGAAGAUAUCUCCUUAGCAGAUCACUACAGAAAGGGUGAGAUCUUGGAUUAGUAGCUCAAUCCUUAGCAAUUAUCGACUCGCUCAUCCUCGAAAAAAGAAAAUAAUCUCAUGAAAGGCUAUAAUUCUCACCUUAGUAAUUCUUCUAGCCUAAUAAACAACGCCAGAGUUCACAACAACUAAGAUUUUUCAUCUCAUGUAAGUUUCUGCCCUAACAGCACCGAUGUGAGCCUCGUCUUCUCUAACACUGAAUCAGCAUCGGUUGAAGUAGAAGAAGCAGAAGAAAUGAUUCAAGAAGAGUACAAAAAUUCAAAAUAAAAAUGCUCCAAAGAAUAAAAAUAAUGCUUAAACUAAUUUGAAGGUAUGUUAUAAAAAAGAGUCAAACUUAAUUAAGAUCCAAUUUCAAAUAGCAAUAAUAUUCACAAAGAGCAAAUACCUAUCAACAAUUUUAAAAAAUCAUCUAACACAAAAAAUUAAGUUGAAAAUAGAGCAAGGAAUCACUCUUCAUCAUCCUCUUCGAAUCCAUCAUACUUGCUAUCUCCUCUCCUUAGCGCUGAAAAAAUCGAAAUCUCAUACGAAAAAUUUAUUGAAGAAAUAGAUAUUAGCAGCAAAGCUAAAUGUCCAAGCUAAAAUAACAAAUUUAAUUAACUGAAGGAUUAGUAAUAAUAAUUCUUAUCAAUGGAUUAAGAUUAGUCUGAUUUGAUUUUCGCUUAGAAAAACAAAAACCUUUUUACCCAAGAAAUUGAAGAAAAUUAAAUGCUUGUCCAAAAAAAUUCUAAUUUACUCAAAUUUGGUGGUGACAGCAAUCGUAAAUUAAAAGGUGAAUGUAUCUUUUAAAAUUUUAAUUUCAAUUUCGCAUUUAGUGACAAUCCAGAUUUCCUUGGAAGUGAUUCCGAAUUGAUGAAAACAACUCUAUCACAAAUUGAAACCUCAUAUUUAAAACCUAAUAAAAACUGCUUGCUUAACUUCAAUCAACAGUCCCCCCUCUCUACUAAUCAAUCAUAAGAAUAUAGAUAACUCUAAACAGUGCAAUAAGAAAAGGAUCUUGAACAAGACUAAAUGUCAUUAUCAUAAUAAUAAUAGAAUAGAUAACAAACCUCAGUUAUUGACUAAACAGAGCAAAGCUAUCCUAUUGAACUUAAAAGAGAGCCAUAACUAUCCAACCUUGAAUAGCUUAAGGUAGAACUUAGAGCUUAGAUCUUCCUUGAAGGAUCCGAAACUAAUAAUGACAAAAAGAAAAGAUAUCUUAAAAAAAUAUUCUAGGACAAGAAGGUGAUCAAGAAGGAAAGAAUGAGCAGAAUAAAUGAGUAAAAUAUGGAUUUAAUCAAUAAACUUGACAAUGAAAUCUCCAAAUUAGAAAAAUUAAGACAAAGUGAAUCUACUAGCUCUACUCCAUAUUUUGAAGACCAAUCCACAAGACACACUUGUUCAACUUAGAACAAACCUUCAAGCAAAUUAUCCUAAUAUUUGAAAUAACAAAUUAAAAUUAACAGAGUUCUUCGCUUUCUUGACGAUUCCAUUAUAAGCAGCUCUGAAGAAAUGAAAGACAGAGUUUCCAAAAAUAAAGAAGAACUCGAGUGGCUCUGCAGAAUUAUCUACACAAUCAGCAAGCAUGAAAAAAUUACUUGUAAAUCUUAUGAAAUCUUCUUAGAAUAAACGACUGAAUAAAUGAACAAAAAAUACUUCAUAAACAAAUAAUAAGUUGACCUUCUCUUUUAGGACUUGCUAAAAAUUUUUACCAACUGGAUUGCACUUGAAUAAACAAAUUACGGAUUGGUAUUCUAAAUUAACUAAAACUUCAGAUUUAAGUAAGUUAGAAAUUUUUUUUCGCAAAACAAAUGA